AUGUCGGUGAACGCUCGCCUUGAAAAUCCCGCCCCCCUAGGAUACCAAACACCCGCUUUCCCUUCCUUAUACUGGCCCUACAACGCUCGACCCGGAGAAGCCAACUACCUAUACUUUACCUUUGAUAUCUGGCGACAUACUUUGCUAUGGACACUUAUCACUUUCGCCGUAUUCCACCUGACGGUAGCAGCAUGGGCGGUAGCAAUGCAACUUAGCAAGAACAAGAAGGCGUGGAAAUAUGUAUGGAUCAUCCCAUUGGUCUAUAUUUUGAUCGCUGGUAUUGAAGCUUUGAUGGCUGGCACUAUUACUGGACUCAUUCUAGGAGCUGUUUACAAUGCAGGCUACUUCCGCAUGUCAACGUGGAUACCAUUUGUUUGGUCCAUAGUCAAUGUCCUGGUUUUGAUCCUGUCGUCCUUCUCUAUCCAAGGAGGACUUUGA